AUGUCACAACUCCCCGACAUCUCCCAGAUUGCCUCUGGGGUGAGCAGCAACAGCAGCGACUCCAAUUCGGCUACCCCUGCGCCUUCCAGCGCCGGCUCCAGCGCCGCUUCCCUCGCUCACAUGGCCGAAGACAACCUCACAUGCCGCUGGAACCAGUGCAACCAAAAAUUCGCCAGCCCCGAGAUCCUCUAUGAGCACAUUUGCGAUCGCCAUGUUGGCCGCAAGAGCACAAACAACCUGAGCCUUACCUGCCAAUGGAACUCGUGCCGCACAACCACCGUCAAGCGUGACCACAUUACCUCGCACAUCCGAGUUCACGUCCCUCUCAAGCCUCACAAGUGCGAGUUCUGCGGGAAGUCCUUCAAGCGCCCUCAGGAUCUGAAGAAGCACGUCAAGACCCAUGCCGACGACUCCGUCCUCUCGCGCCAGGACAACGGCUUCAACUACCGAACCCAGACAAAGGCCCCCAGCUACUACGACCAUAAUGGUCAGAUGCGAUCCGGCCACGCCGGCUUCCCCCAGCCCGCCCACCACGGCGGUUACUAUGCUCCUCAGCAACCCGCCAGCUACGGCAUGUAUUUCAACCAGCCGCCCAUGAACACCCCUCGCGCAGAGCACAUUGGCUACAACGCUGCUGCUGCUGGUGGAUAUGAUCGCAAGCGAACUUACGACAUGGUGGACGACUUCUUUGGCAGCGCCAAGCGCCGCCACAUUGACCCCUCCUCGUACAACGACAUUGGUCGCUCGCUUCUUCCUCUCCACGGCUCUCUCUCUGUCCCCAACGGCCCCAUGGCCGCAGCGGAGCAGUACAUGCCACAACAUGCGCACGUCUCUGGCGGCAUGAGCGCCGGUGUUCCUCCUAUUGCCCACAACCCUCUGGCUCAGCAGUACUACCUGCCCAUGCCCAGUGCCCGCACUCAAAAGGACCUCGUCCAGAUCGACAACCUCUUGGGCCAGAUGCAGGACACCAUCUACGAGAACGCCAACCACGCCACAGCCGGUGUGCACAUUCACAACGGCAGCGACAACGGCUACGGCGGCUUCCGCAACACGCCUUCACCCAACACCAUGCACCGCGGAUCACCUGCCCAUAUGGCUGACGGUUACGGCGUCUCGGCCGCUAACAUGGCCUCUCCCCUCACUGCCCUCUCCUCGACCGGCACGCCCGCCGUCACUCCUCCCUCCAGCUCCAUGUCCUACACCUCUGGCCACUCUCCCAGCCCGUCUGCCUCUGGCAUGUCUGCUGCUGGCCUCUCUCCUCAGUCGCGUCACAGCCCUGCGGCCGUCAUGUACCCUAGCCUGCCCACGAGCCUUCCUGCCGCCAGCCACGGCUACGGCCAGUCGGCCACGGCCACGCUCGGCCCCAGCUUCGACAUGAGCGAGCGUCGUCGCUACUCGGGCGGCCUGCUCCAGCGCGCGCGCGGCCCUAUGCCCUCGCACCCCGUCGAGGCGCCCACCAGCGCCGCCACCACGCCCAAGGCUGCCCCAGAGAGCCCCGCGUCGCCCGCCUCGGAGUCGUCAGACAUCAGCGAGGCCACCCGUGAGCGUGACGAGCAGUACGACCGCUGGCUGGAGAACAUGCGCGUCAUUGAGGGACUGCGCGAGUACAUCCGCGGCCGCCUCGAGCGCCGGGAGUAUGUCAACGACGGAGCCGAACGCGACAGCGACGCCAUGGACGUUGAUGUGAAGAGCCCCCAGAUGUCCGGCCGCACGCUCGGCAAGGGCAAGGAGGGCAACUCUCUGUACCCCAUCCUUCCCGUUCCUGGCUCUUGA